AUGUCCAACCUUCGAAAGGUUCAGGCUCGGAAGAAGACUGAUGGACUAUCAUGCGUCCCCCCCUCUCCUGCGGCCCUUGAGAAGUUGUACCAAGAUGGCAUGUGGGAGGAGCGUCAGAGAAAAGCAGACGAAGCGACCGCCGCCUUUGACUUAGAGGCUCUGAAAGAGGUCGCUACUAACAUCGCCACGCUGCGCUUUUUGAAGGAAUCGACCUCCAUUCCUGUGGCCCAUGUCUUCGCGUAUGCAGCCCAUCCAGAAAAUCCAAUCAUUGGUCGUCGUUUAACAGAUGUCUGGGGUGAUUUGACAAUGAAGCAGAUGGAAACAGUGGUCCUAGAAGUCGCACGUAUUGAAGGACAGAUACUGAAUGCGACGGUCAACUCCAUCGGUUGCCUUCCUACAGACGACCAAACUGGCACAUCUUCGUCGAGAGAUUUCUUCGAAGUGUUGGCCCUGUCGCAAGUAGCAUUCAUGCAAAAUGAACCUGACUUAUGGCUUACAACGCGCAAGAAUUUCCUCCCAGACGAGGACGCUAAUGAUAGCCUGCGCUACAUAUCCACCUGGUAUACGCUAUUGUGCAAGGCCAUUGAUUCUCUGAACUUCGAUGCGUUCGAUCUCCCAUCCUGUCCUGUUGUCCUUCGGCACGAUGACCUCAACCUCGGCAACAUCCUAGUCGCCUGGGACGAUCCUACUUAUGUUGUCGGUAUCGUGGAUUGA